CUGUGAGAGCCGCGUUGUGAUUGGCCCAAAGCGGUGGUCCCUGUGAGACCCGGGCGCCCAUUGGCUGCAGCAUGUCGAGACACUGACGCGCACGACGUCUCCCCUCUAUUGUUAUUGUGGCGUGCGCGAGGGGAGCAGACAGGAUGCACGAGGAGACAGCGGGGCUGAUAAAAGGAUAAAACAACCGAGAAAACACCAAGCUAGCGCAGCGCAACGUACGCGAAAUAAACCUCAUCUCGCCACAUUACAGGCGUUCAGAGGAGUCCUGUAAGCGCAGAGACAUGCAUACAGAGGUGUAAUACAAAGGAGUAUAAACACAGACAGCAGCUCUGGUCAACACAUACAACACGUACAGCUAUCUGCGAUCUUUCUGUCCAACUUCUUCUCUCCACUCCGGCUGAUGUGGACUGAUUCAGAGCUGGGCCAUCAUGAUGCCAAUGAACUUUCUGGUCACUCAUUGGCUGAACUUAAUACCAGCAGCAUCAUGUCAGUGAACCCUCCAAGCAGCAAUGACGCCUGCCUCAGCAUCGUCCAUAGCCUUAUGUGCCACCGGCAGGGCGGAGAGAACGAGGGCUUCGCCAAGCGUGCCAUUGAGAGCUUGGUGAAGAAGCUGAAGGAGAAGAAAGACGAGCUGGACUCGCUCAUCACCGCCAUCACCACCAAUGGUGUCCAUCCCAGCAAGUGUGUCACCAUCCAGAGGACGCUGGACGGACGGCUGCAGGUGGCAGGGAGGAAGGGCUUUCCUCAUGUCAUUUAUGCACGGCUGUGGCGCUGGCCCGACCUCCACAAAAAUGAACUCAAGCAUGUCAAGUUCUGCCAGUACGCCUUUGACCUGAAGUACGACAAUGUAUGCGUCAACCCCUACCAUUAUGAGAGGGUGGUGUCACCAGGCAUCGUUGGUCUCAGCCUUCAAAAUACAGCGGCAUCAGGUGCCCUGAUCAAAGAGGAGUACAUCCAUGACUGUAUACAGAUGGACCUCCCGCCUGGCAUGCCUCUGUCUGACCACCAAGCAGCCAUGAAGCUGCCUCCCACAGACCACUACGGUCAGCCCUUGCCUCCCCCACAGCUGUCCUCUGAGCCCCACGGACCCCCACCUGUCACCAGAUACACUAACCUGCCUGUGUCACCCAAAGUGUCUGGCUCCAGCUCAAUGCUACCACUGCAGGGCGGUCUCAGUGAUGGCCGUCUCCAGACUGCAUCUCCACAGGCUCAAGUCAUGACCCCGGCACCAAGACCUCCAAGCCCGACCCAACCCCCUCCUCAGCAACAGGCUUCCCAGCAACCCUCACAGCCCCCCCACCCACAGCAACCCUCCCUACCUCCUUCUCACUCGCACGGACAGAACGGAUACAGCAGCAAUAAACACUCUCAGAGCCAGGCUGCCUUCCACACGGUUUGGACAGGCAGCAGCACAGCCUCCUACACUCCCGUGGGACCUCAACAGAAUGGGCGUGCUCACCAACAACCUCCUCUCCAUCAUCCAAACCACCACUGGUCACAGCAUCAUGGCUCAACCUCUUUCCCUCCUUCUGUGUCCAACCAUCCAGGACCAGAGUUUUGGUGCUCUAUCUCCUACUUUGAAAUGGAUGUUCAGGUGGGUGAGAUGUUCAAGGUGCCCUCCAGCUGCCCUGUAGUAACCGUGGACGGUUAUGUAGAUCCGUCAGGAGGUGAUCGCUUCUGCCUCGGCCAGCUGAGUAACGUCCACCGCACAGACGCAAGCGAGAGAGCCAGGUUGCAUAUAGGUAAAGGCGUGCAGCUGGAGUGUCGUGGCGAGGGCGAUGUGUGGAUGCGUUGUAUGAGCGACCACGCUGUGUUUGUACAGAGCUACUACCUCGACAGGGAGGCGGGCCGAGCGCCAGGUGAUGCUGUGCACAAGAUCUAUCCCGGGGCCUACAUCAAGGUGUUUGACUUGCGGCAGUGCCACAGACAGAUGCAGCAGCAGGCAGCAACAGCUCAGGCAGCAGCUGCUGCUCAGGCAGCUGCUGUGGCAGGAAAUAUUCCCGGUCCAGGCAGCGUGGGAGGCAUUGCACCUGCAGUUAGUCUGUCUGCAGCAGCAGGGAUUGGCGUGGAUGACCUGAGGCGCCUGUGUAUCCUGCGGCUCAGCUUCGUGAAGGGCUGGGGGCCCGACUACCCCCGGCAAAGCAUCAAACACACGCCCUGCUGGGUGGAGGUCCACCUGCACCGUGCUCUACAGCUUCUGGAUGAGGUGUUGCACACUAUGCCACUGGCAGACCCAGGGCCUGCUAACUGAGGACCGCGACCAUGUUUAAAUUCCAAUCUGGAUUCUCUGAAUGUGCACACACACAGACACACACGUUGCCAAAUAUACUAAUUGAUACACAAAGCAAAUCAAUGAAAAACACACAGAUAACAUGGAUGACCAACAACACAAUAUGCUUGUAACAAUCAAUGCACACAUCACUCAUGCUGCCUCACAGACAAACACACACACACACACACACACACACACACACACACUACAACCAAAAUGUCUGUAGCCACACAGACAUAAAAGUGCUGAUUAUUUUUUAAUGCUUUACUCUACAAUCUAAAGUCAAACACAAGGGAGUUGGAGCUCUGAAGGGUAAAAUUCUGACCAACUUGUCUUUGUCCUAAAGACAUUUGUAUGCACUGUAAAAAUCCAGGGAUGUGUUACACAAAUCCAGUUCCCCAAUAUGCAAUUUGGACUUCCUCUAAGUGUAGGAGCGUUCUGCACAUUUAUUUAUGGAAUACACACACACACACUUAAAAAUCCUGCAUGAACACAAGUUAUCCAGGAGUGAAAAACACUCCAAAAAGAGAACCGCAUACCUCUGGAAAAUGCUGUCAGUAAAUUCACAGUGAAUACAAACAGCAUUACAGUUCUCUUAACGUCUUAUCAACAACAGAACUGAUUAAGUAUGGAUUAAGGGAACCACUGUUAGGUCAUCUCUGUGCUUGUACUGCGCUCUUCACUGUAUGUUGAACUAAACUCAAAACUGUUAGCAUCGAUAGCUGGUUAGCCCUCUUAUUACGCUCAGCGCAAGCUACAUUAUUUUUGUACCAAAAGACUAAAAAGCCAAAAACAUUUAGCUUUAAAGUAUUGUUGUUGUUCUUGGUAAUGAAACAGUGCUACCCUGUAUGUAACCAAAUGGUUGGUGUGAAUCACCAAAGCCAAAAUACCUCAUAACUACAGUGCAAACUCACAAUUUAGUUUUCCGCCUGAAGCGCACACACUCUCAUCACUGACAGGCUGAAGUCAAUCAGUGCAGCCCUGCAAUAGGUCCCUGACUCUCACUAAGCUUUGUAUUUAUUUAGGUUUAUAACGUACCGUGCUGUGAUGUGCAGUAGCAGUACUAGAUAACUUGACUGAUAUGUGGAACAUUAGUUAUACUCUACAGUUUGACAGCAAAAAAGAAGGUUACAGUAACUUGUAAUGAUUAAUAGAAAACAACCAUCCGCAGCUUGAGAGACAGAAACCUGAGUGCCUCUCUGUUCUCUGCUCUGACUGCUGAGGAUUUCAUCACCUACUGUGUGUUCACUCCCGACUUGCAUCUAGCAGUUUAUUUGAACUCUGAGUUGUUGUCUCCAGUGCCUCCAGAACCCUGUUUAGUAAUAUUUUACAUGGCCAUCAAUAAUCAGUUGAUAAUUGUUUCACUGUUAGCAACCAAUGAAAUGAUAAUUAGUAAUGUUUACUUAUUUUAGUAAUGCUAUAAUAAAUAUUUUAACAGUCUAUUGUUGCA